AAAGUCUCGUCUUCCUAUAAAAGCUUCGAGGCGCGGGAUGAAAACAAUAACAUUUUGAAAAUGAAGGUGUUGAUUUUCUACUCGUUGAGCUUGCUCGGUCUAUCGGAAGCGGCGUUGGUGACGACCCAGCACGGUCAACUGCAGGGGAUGAGGUUCAGCGCCCCGGAGGAUCCUCCAGUCUAUGCGUACCUGGGGAUCCCGUUCGCGGUACCACCUGUGGGAGAGCUAGCGUUCCAGGAAACGCAAAUUCUGGACAAAUGGGACGGAAUUUUAAACGCCACGAAGGAAGGGAAGUACUGCAUAGGCAGCACCUAUUUGAACGAACAAGACACCCAGAGCGAGGAUUGUCUUUUCUUAAACAUAUACAGCCCUUCUGAGAACUUAUCGGCAAACUAUCCGGUCAUGGUUUACGUCCACGGUGGUAGAUACAUCAAUGGUAACGCAGGCCCGGCCUUCUUCGACCCGAGUCCCUUGGUAGCCGAAGGUGUCAUCGUUGCCAUUUUCCAGUACCGGAUGGGUCCGUACGGAUUUCUAUCCACUAAGGACCUCGUGAUACCCGGUAACGCGGGCAUGAAGGAUCAAGUCCUCGCCCUGCGUUGGAUCAAGGACAACAUCGCCGCGUUCGGUGGUGAUCCGGAACAAAUCACCCUUUUUGGAGAAAGCGCGGGAGGCAGUGCCUGCGGACUCCACGUGGUGAGCAAAAAAUCUGCUGGAUUGUUCAGGGCGGCGAUGUGUCAAAGCGCGUCAGCACUGACGCCAUUUUCGAUACACAGGCACCCGAAGGAAUACGCUUACCAGCUCGUCAAUCUGAUCGAUGGCAGCGUAUCGGAGGAGACUCACAACAGUUCCCAAUUAGUGGAGUUCCUGCGGAACCAGUCGCCAGCUAUCAUCGUGGACGCUUUUCUCAAGUUGAGCACGAUGCUCGAGAAGGAAGACCGGUUCCCGGCCCCAACGAUAGAGCAGGAGCACGAUGGGGCCUUCUUGUACCAGAACCCAUACGAGCUACUGAGCACAGGAGACUUCAAUAGGGUACCUUACGUGGCGGGAUAUACCUCCGAAGAAUCGUUAUUUUUCAUGAACACUUUGGAUAUCGUCACCGCUGAAGCGAAAAAAUUGGACACGGAGGAGGGAUACAUCUUCCCUUACGAUUUCGAACCCAGAAACGCUUCGGAUGAAAAGGAAAUCAUCCAAUAUAUCCACGACAUGUACCUAAACGGCAGUUCUACUUUCAGCGACAAUUUGUACGAGGUGAUCAGGUAUGAAAGUGACGAUAUGUUCAACCGCGGGGUUAUAAAACAGGCAGAAUUGCAAGCCAACUACGUCGACGUCUAUCUCUAUCAGUUUUCUUACUACGGAAACCUCAGCAGGCCACAUCUCGAUAUACCCGGCGCCGAAGGAAAAGCCCAACAUGGUGACGAACUGGGGUACCUGUUCAAUCGCGAAUUCUUCCUUGCCGGUCUCAUCCCAACCGAAACGGACUUGGUAAUGAAAAGCAGAAUGGUGAAACUCUGGACCAACUUCGCUAAAUACUUGAACCCGACACCGGAACCCGACGACGCGUUACUUCAAAAGGUGCAGUGGCCCAAACUACGAGCCGGGGAUUUAAGUUACCUCGAUAUCAACGUCACGCUGAAGGUCGAAACGAAUCCCAAAGCCGACACGUACUCCAAAUGGAACACGACAUAUAACAACUGGAACGAAUUGCCUUUUACGACAUUCUGA